AUGCGUAUCGACUCGUCGCGAUACCGCUACCUCGACCAACAACAGAAACCCAAGCACUUGUCCGCCGGCCAGACCGCGCGGCCCCUGUCGUCGCCCAUCCCUGCCAACGAUCCGCCUUGCUCCCUACCGAGCAAAGAACAGCCAUACGUCACGAUGGACGAGAAGCGCGGCUUCUUCUCCGGGACCCGAUCCUCUCGCCGCGCCCGUCCCCUCAUCAUCAUCAUCCUGCUCGGCAUCCUCGGCUACAACCUGUGGCAGUAUUUCGGCAUCACCUCGAGGAUACGCAUCGACAAUGACAAGGCCGCCGCAGCAAAGGCCGCCGCCGCACCUGGCAAGGCCGCCGAAGCGAACAACGGCGCCGGACUCGCGAGCAAGGUCAACAGGCUGGUGCCCCUGGAAGCGCACAUCAUGAGCAAGUGCCCGGAUGCACGGGACUGCCUGCGAGACAUGGUCCUGCCGGUCAUGAUGCGCGCACAUGACAAGGUGGACUGGAAACUGUCUUUUGUCGGAACACCGACCCAAGAUGACGGCGUUGACUGCCGUCACGGGCCUUCUGAGUGCAUGGGCAACAUUAUCGAGCUCUGCGCGGCGAAGCUCUACCCCGACCCCAAGAUCAGCCUCGGCUUCACCAUGUGCAUCACGCGCUCGUAUCGCGAGAUCCCCGACCAGAGCCUCAUCGAGGCGUGCGCCCUCGAACACGCCAUCGACAUCAAGGUGCUCAACGAGUGCGCCGUCCGCGAAGACGGCGCCUACGGCGUCGGCCUGCUGCGCGAUAGCGUGACGCGCACGGCCGAGGCGGGCGUCACGCUGUCGUGCACGGUGCGGCUCGACGACGAGGUGUACUGCAUCCGCGACGGCGGCGAGUGGACGCAGUGCCCGUUCGGCGCCGGCGUCAACGACCUCGUCAUAGCGAUUGAGAAGAAGUACCGGCAGCGGGCCGUGGCGGCUGCGGAUGCGCGGGGGGAGGACGUUGUCUGA